UCUAUCGAUUGUUACCUGUCGCUUUCGUUACACUUUGGUACAACGAAAAUCGAGUAAAAAUGGUUCGUUUGACAGCCUUUUUGGGUUUGAUGUUGAUUUUGAGCUGCGGUACAAUUUGUUCCUCUGCUCUUACCCCAUUUUCCUUGGAAGACAAACUGCAAGAAUUGGAAGUGAGACUAGAAGCCAAAAUUGAGGCUAAAAAUGCUCAACUUGAAGAAAAGGUGACACAACUGGAGGCGCAACUCGAACUAAAUAAUGAAUUAAGACAGGAUUUGACAUUGAAAGUAAUUCAAUUAGAGGCAAAAAAUGUCCAACUUGAAGUCAAAAUGCAGGACCAAGAAAGAAUUUUAACUUCCCUGUUGGAAGCGGCUAAACUUCCGGUUUCCACUUAUUCAAAAUUAUUUCCAGUUGAAAAAGAAAUUUCAAUGCGAUCAAGUGGAAGAAGCGGAAUCCCAAGGACGUGCAGAGAACUUCAAGCGGCCAAUCCUUCACUUCCAUCCGGAAUGAACUGGAUCGAUCCGGACGGGCAAGGUGUCGGCGAUAACCCAAUUUACGUUUACUGCGAUAUGACAUCAGGAUCGACCUCAAUUGUACACGAUAGUGAAUCUUCUUUAAAUGUGGGCCACUGCGCCGAGGCUGGGUGCUAUUCACGUUCCAUCAACUACAAUUCCUCAAUGGGACAAAUCAAAGCUUUGAUUGAAUUAUCCACCGAAUGCCAUCAGUCGAUUAGAUACGAUUGCUAUUACACCCCGUUCGAGUUAAAUGGAGUCGCCUAUUCCUGGUGGAAUGACAGAGAAGGAAAUGCGCAAUACUUUUGGGCCGGAAGUAACACGGACGGAGUUAACACCUGCCAGUGCGGAAUCGAUGCCAAUUGCGUCGAUCCUGCUGCGAAAUGCAACUGUGACACGGUUUCACCAAUUCAAUUAGUCGACGACGGUGUCAUUACCGACAAAAAUGUUCUGCCCAUCACUCGUUUGAAUUUCGGACGAACUCAACUGGAAACUUCAUCCGGCGUCCACACGCUUGGCCGACUCGUGUGCACCGGAUCAGUGACUUUGACUGGACUGCCAAAGUCGUGCCAAGAUUUGUGGUUGAUUGGCCACACCCUGAACGGAUUUUAUUUCGUCAUGGGAUCGGCGAAAAUGGAAUCCGUUUACUGCGAUUUCACUAAACUCCCUGACGAUGCGGGUUUUCAGAAAUGGAUCGGAUUCGCCGACGUCAAAUCGGCGCCCGUCCAUUUCUACGUCCAGAGAAAUUCUAAAUUUAACAUAACUAACACUCCGAUCCCGUUCGAUUUGGCGCAGGUGAACGAGGGAAACGCCAUGGAUUUGACAUCCGGGAAAUUUACGGCACCGCGACCGGGAAUUUAUUUUUUCUCUUUCGCGGGACUGGCGUUUCUUUCGGGACCUUACGCUGAUUUUUAUUCUUCUCUUUACUUGAACGGGAAUCUAAUCGGGAGUAGUCAUGUUCACGAGAAUAACGGCCCCGUUAAUCAAUAUAAUCCUGUGACCCUCCAGUCGACGUUGAACUUGAAAAAAGGCGAUCAACUCUGGGUGACGUUUUAUUAUUAUUCUAAUACAUACUCGUUUUUGUAUGACGACAAUUACCACUACACCCAUUUCACGGGUUUCAUGUUGGAGGAAGAAAUUGUGUCGGCCCUUUGAGGUUCAACAUCCAAAAUCAUCGGCGACACGAAACAUUUUCGACCCAAACAUUUUUGUUUAAUGUCGACACGAAAUUUUGGGGAAGGGAAAAUUCGUUCGAUUGUUAUUCAUUAAGGGGUAGGAAUUUCUUUACGAAAAUUAAACUGUGGAUGCGACUAGACCUAGUGAAUACACUAACUAAUU